GCGCGGCACUCUGGCAGCGGGGCCCGCACCAGGGGGCCAUGGGCAGCCCGAGCCAGGCGGGCCGCUAUCCACGCUCACUGCCAGGGUGACCCCAGCCCCGAGAUCCAGCCCUGGCGACCCUGGCUUUAUGCCAGAGGCUGCCUCGGGAGCCAGGCCGCCAGUCUCUGGGGCACAGCCUGGGCUGGGACUGCUGUUGGGGAGCAGGUGAGGUGCUUGGCUGGGCCCUAGGGCCCCAGGGCAGGCAGGCUGGGGGGAGCCAAGUCCUCCAUGGCAGCCCCAGCGGGGAAGGCGAGCGGGACAGGGGCCCUGCAGCCCAGGGCCCAGAAAGGCCGGGUGAGACGGGCCGUACGCAUCUCCAGCCUGGUGGCCCAGGAGGUCCUGUCCCUGGGGGCCGACGUGCUGCCAGAGUACAAGCUGCAGGCGCCGCGCAUUCACCGCUGGACCAUCCUGCACUACAGCCCCUUCAAGGCUGUGUGGGACUGGCUCAUCCUGCUGUUGGUCAUCUACACGGCCGUUUUCACCCCCUACUCGGCUGCCUUCCUGCUGAAGGAGACCGAAGAGGGCUCCGCGGGCCCCGACUGUGGCUAUGCCUGCCAGCCGCUGGCUGUGGUGGACCUCAUCGUGGACAUCAUGUUCAUCGUGGACAUCCUCAUCAACUUUCGCACCACCUACGUCAACGCCAACGAGGAGGUGGUCAGCCACCCUGGCCGCAUCGCUGUCCACUACUUCAAGGGCUGGUUCCUCAUCGACAUGGUGGCUGCCAUCCCCUUUGACUUACUUAUCUUCGGCUCUGGCUCUGAGGAGCUGAUCGGGCUGCUGAAGACGGCGCGGCUGCUGCGGCUGGUGCGCGUGGCGCGGAAGCUGGACCGCUACUCGGAGUACGGGGCGGCCGUGCUCUUCCUGCUCAUGUGCACCUUCGCACUCAUCGCGCACUGGCUGGCCUGCAUCUGGUACGCCAUUGGCAACAUGGAGCAGCCGCACAUGGACUCCCGCAUCGGCUGGCUGCACAACCUGGGCGACCAGAUCGGCAAGCCCUACAACAGCAGCGGCCUGGGCGGCCCCUCCAUCAAGGACAAGUACGUCACCGCCCUCUACUUCACCUUCAGCAGCCUCACCAGCGUGGGCUUCGGCAAUGUCUCCCCCAACACCAACUCCGAGAAGAUCUUCUCCAUCUGUGUCAUGCUUAUCGGCUCCCUCAUGUACGCCAGCAUCUUCGGCAAUGUGUCGGCCAUCAUCCAGCGGCUGUACUCGGGCACGGCCCGCUACCACACGCAGAUGCUCCGUGUGCGGGAGUUCAUCCGCUUCCACCAGAUCCCCAACCCACUGCGCCAGCGCCUUGAAGAGUAUUUCCAGCAUGCCUGGUCCUACACCAAUGGCAUCGACAUGAACGCGGUGCUGAAGGGCUUCCCCGAGUGCCUGCAGGCUGACAUCUGCCUGCACCUGAACCGCUCGCUGCUGCAGCACUGUAAGCCCUUCCGAGGGGCCACCAAGGGCUGCCUGCGGGCCCUGGCCAUGAAGUUCAAGACGACGCACGCGCCACCAGGGGACACGUUGGUGCACGCUGGGGACCUGCUCACUGCCCUCUACUUCAUCUCCCGGGGCUCCAUCGAGAUCCUGCGGGGUGAUGUUGUGGUGGCCAUCCUGGGUACGGCGGGACCGGGAGCUGGGCCUGAACUGCCUGCUGAGGCCUGGAGAGGUCCGAGCCCUGGAAGGACAUAGCCCUGGGGGCUGUGGACUGGGGACUGCCCACUGGGACCUUGAGCUCCUUUAAUUCACUUAAACUCAGGCUCUCGGGGCGUGGCAGAGAGGAGCCCCGCAUGGGGUGGGCUGCUGAAUUCUGGGGCCUUCCAUUUGGGGUCUCUUCAUAGGCAGUGCCACUCUUGCUCCUUAAAACAGGACCAAAUCCAGAUGCUCCAAGGUGGGCAGUGGAGACAGGCUAUGCAUCUGAUUUUACCAAGGGCCACGUGGUUCCCUGCAGCCUCAGGCAAUACAGCCAAGCCCUCGCGUCCCAAGCCGAGGGAGUCCUGCUCCUCUUCCCCUCCCACCCUUUGCUUUCCCCGCUCCCUGUGCACGUGGGCAGGUGUGCCCGGGCACUGGGGACUUCCUGCCCUCUGCCUGUCUUUCCCUUGGCCCUGGACACCUCAGGGCAGAUAUGUCACGGUGGGUCUUUUUAGAUUUUGACUUCUCAGUUCAGCAUAAACACACACUCAUGCCACAAACGCCCCCAAACACAACUAAAACCAAAGUUUUGCCGGACACCGGCUGCCGUACUGCGUUCUGGCGGUUUCUGUUUUGUGCUGUGCUGUAGCUGUGCUACCGUAUUUUCUUUCAGUAAACAAAAUGCUGGUCUUGAGUCA